AUGGCUCGGCCGGUGUUCGACUCCAAGUACCCGGCGAGCCACGUGCCACGUCAGCUGCAAGCAGCGUUGGUGGUGUCGGUGGUGGUGAUGCUCGCCGUGCUCACCAUGCACAACGCCAACAUGACCGCGCGCUCGUACGCGAUACAAGAGGACCUGAAUCGAACCGCCGCGUUUGAGGAGCUCCUCGACCGACGCUUCCAGGAGAUUUCCGUUCUGUUCCAGGAGAGCAUCGCCAAAUCCAGCACAGCGCACGCGGAUUUCGAACCCUCCGCGCUCACAGGGGCCUCCGCCAACCCCAACAGCGUCCUCCGCCUCUCCCACAGGGGCCCGCGCCGCCUGUGCACGUACACGGAGAGCGAGCUGCGCGCCAUCCUCGCGCUGCGGCACUGCUGCGGGUGGAAGUGCAACCGGUACUUCUAUGGCGGUGCUUGGAUCGACUGGAAGACGCUGGAUGAGGAGUUUCAGAAGGGGCAUGCGCGGGUGCGGGAGGAGGAGGAGGCGGAGUGCGUGCUGGCGUGCAAGCAGCAUGAGAACCUGGGGUGCAGCAAGGAGCAGCCGUGCGUUAAUGGGUAUUACCUGAGGCGAAACACCACCGACACGCUGGUGGUGCGGCAGGCAUAUGAGUGGGGCGAGCAGAACUUCCUCAAGCCGCACUUCCACUUUGACUCCAUUCUUGACGCCGGGGCCAACAUCGGCCUCACUUCCGUGCUCUUCGCCACCAUGUACCCCAAGGCAACGAUCAUCAGUGUGGAGGCGUCGUCUCGCAACUUCCGCUCUUUGAAGCUCAACACCCAGCCCUUCCCCAACGUCAUCGCUGUCAACGCCGCCCUGUGGCCGCGCGUCGCCUCCCUCUCGCUCACCCUCGGGCAGAGGAACCCCGAGCUGCCACCUGAAUGGGCCUUCAUGGUCAAGGAGACGCGCGAUUCCCAUCUGGUAGUAACGUUCUCUUUACUUCUUGUCUUCUUCUGCCUGCUCAUCCCCGCCCUCCAGCUCGAGCCCGGGCAGGUUGUGGAGGACUCCCUUCUCGGCGUGACCGUGCCCUUCCUCCUGAAAGUUUUCGGGCUGCCCGGAUUCGACUUCCUCAAGAUCGACAUCGAGGGCAGCGAGGGCGAAAUUUUCCGCGAGGACAGGGAGAUGGACCUGGGGUGGGUGAACGAGUCGAAGCUAGCAGCACUGGAGCUUCAUGGGGACAUGGUGCCGGGAUCGAAUGUGACUGUACUGAAUUUCUUCAACAGCCGCAGCAAUUUUCAUCACAAGAAGGACUGGUCGGGGGAGUACGAGGUGUUUAUGCGUAACGACGCUGAUUUGUCCUAG